AUGUUCUUCCUUGGCUGUGGUGUUGGAUCACUCAGGUUGCCUCAACUCUCAGCAUACCAAAAAGGCCAUCGCCUGUUGCAGGAUAUGGCUCCUAAAUCCCAGCAGAAACUAAAAAUUGCGACAGCGCAGGUCCAUACAGUUCACGACUCUCAAAGGGCACUCGAUGUGCUUGAAACUAGGGUGCGAAAAUUGAGCGCUGAGCACGUGGAUCUUGUGCUUUUCCCAGAAGUCUUUGUCGGCGGGUUUCCACGACUGUCUACCUUUGGCAAUUCUGCAAUCGGAACGUUUGGAGAUGAAAAAGACUACAACCCAUGGGUGAAUCAUUGGCGAGCAUCUGCUGAUCUUGGAGAUACGCCUAAAGGAGCCGGUCAAAGAUGGAUAAAACGGGAACUGCCUCGACCUCCCAAUCGUGCCUACAGGGGAGAUGGAACGAGAGAGCGACUGGAGAAGAUAGCAGCUGAUACCGGCGUCUUCAUAGUAGUUGGAGUUGUAGAAAGAUCUGGCGGAUCAUUAUACAGCUCUAUUGUCUAUAUAUGUCCCAGGCUGGGGAUAAUUGGCAAGAGACGCAAGGUAAUGCCAACAGGGCUAGAGAGAGUUGCGUGGGGCCAGGGAAGCCCCUCGACACUUGAAGCGGUCUCAACGACAAUCAGAGGAGUGAAGUUGAGAAUGUCAGAGAUCUGGGUGCCAUUGAUGCAGACAAUCGGAGUUGAAUGCAACGCGUUUGUGUUAUCAGCAACGCCUUGUAUCAGGGCAAGCGACCUCCCAGAAUGGAUAACUGAGGCAGCUGAGCGCGGAGACGAGAUAGUGAGCAGAGGAGGGUCGGUGAUUGUGUCUCCCGGUGGCGAUGUUCUCGGAGGCCCAGGGUGGGAUAAUGAGGAUGAGAUUUUUAUCGCAGAAGUUGACUUUGCGGAUUGUGAAUCAUCAGGAGAUGACGGGGUGGCAAUGGCUCAUGCAAAGAACAACGGCUUUGUUUUCACCGUUGACGGGCUAGAUAUGCGUAUUACAUGA